AUGACCAGCAUAUUGGAUGAACGUUUCCUACCUUUAUCUUCAAUUGACUUGAGUAACUUCCAUCCGCCAGACAGCAAAAGGUGUAUUGCGUACCUGGAUGGUGGGAACAGAUGCGAGCGUUCUAUCACUACGAGUGAUCUGGAGACCGCUAGCAAGAUCCAGUUAGAGUAUGACGGCAACAGCGAUGAUAAGAGAGAUGAUAACUUGACUGAACUUGCCAAGCUAUACCGCUGUAGCGAGCCAGGACAUAACAGAGAUGACAAUGUGCGCACGGCUGUUCAGCAAUGGAUGCUGACCGAGCAACCAACCGUUUCAGAGGUCGACCCUCCCUCGCAUCACAUCCUCCGUCUCCGACUCCCUAGAACCGAUGCCAUCGCAGGCGAAGAGCGCGCAUUCUUACUAGGAACCCACGCCAUCAAAGCACUCAGCGACACAACAUACAUCGAUUGCAAGCUUCGAGAAGUUCUAAAGAAUCCCCUGCAGUCAACCACCAACGGCAAACAUAAUCACUGUCUCAGGUGCACCAGGUUUCUCGCGAAUCCGACGCAGCGCAAAGGGAUCCGAUCCGCUCCCAUGCCCCAAGUGCUACCCGGGCCCGAAACUGCACCGCUGCAUCCCAGUUCCAAACCCUGCCUAUGUGGAAAAGCUCGUCUUGUAUGA